CGAGGUGCGACUCGCCCCGGAGCCAGCAGCGCUUAUCCCUGCUGGGAGGUACCUCGACAGAUGCUAGCCGGGCUGCCCGUGUGUGUCUGGGGCCGGGAGAGGAGCAGACCUAGAGGCCAAUCUGGCUGUACCCGAGUUGCUGCCUCUGAAGGCUGCCAUCACCCUCUGCGAGCUGCGGGAUGACGCCCCCUGCAGUUUCACUGGCUUCACUGCUGCUGGUGGUGACCCUGGCAGGUGGUGCCUGUCAGCAGUGCAGCCAGGGGAGGACCUACCCCAACGCCGUCAUUCCGGCCAACCUGGAAACCGUCAGAAUCGUGCCAGUGCCUCAGACCUUCUCCCUGGGGGCCUGCACGGCCGCGUGCUGCGACCUGCCCAGCUGCGACCUGGCCUGGUGGUUCGAGGGCCGCUGCUUCCUGGUGAGCUGCCCGCAGGAGGAGAACUGUGCGCCCCAGAAGACUGGCCCGCUCAGGUCGUACCUCGUGUUUGUGCUCAGGCCCGAGGGGAGGCCCGCGCCGCUGCUGGACUACGGGGAGAGGAUGCUGAGCAGGGCCGCCGCCGCGGGGGCCUGGGGGGACCCGGCCGAGGGUACCAGGGAGGACUUGCCCCUUGGAGGCCAAGGCCAAGGCCGGGGCAUGGAGGGGAUGGCGGGGAUGGCUGAGCCCUCCGAUGACGACGGGGAGAUGGAGCCCAGUCUCCUGCAGCCCAGCCCCAAGCAAGGCCCCAGCGGGAGCGCCGAGCCAGCGGCCUGGAGCCUGCAGCCCGGAGGCGACGGCCACAGCCCCGCGGCGUCCUCGGAGAAGCCGCGGGACCCGGAGCCCCCCUCGCGGAAGGACUCGGCCGGCUCCGCGUCCCCCGAGCACAGCCGGGACAGCGGCGAUCCGCCUCCCUCGGCCGCCACGCCCCCUCCCGGCCGGGCGCUGGGGAAGGGCGCGGCUUCUCUGCGAGCCCGCGGCGACGCGGGGCGCGAGGUGCUAAAGCCUUCCCAGAGUCCUUCUGCCAGCCUGGGGUUCAGGCCAGCCGCCCUGGAGGAAAGCUCUGCUCCCACAGCCACCCCGCAGAGCGCAGAGUGCAGCAUCCCAACCGUCCCCAGUAGUGCUGUCCCUCCUGGGUCCACUCCGGGGCCACCCGUAUCUCCUACCGCUGCUCCCAGGACAGUGGAAGAACUGUGGGUGUCGGCCGGAGACAACCUGGUAGUGACCUUGCCCCAGGACCGGGUGGAGCUGAAGGCCUCCGUGGUGCCAGCGCCACCUGCAGAAACAACCUACAAGUAUGAAUGGAGCCUAAUAAGCCACCCAGCAGAUUACCAGGGUGACAUUGAGCAAGGUCACAGGCCGACUCUUCACCUCUCCCAAUUGUCAGCAGGACUGUAUACCUUCAAGGUGGCCGUUUCUGGUGAGAAGGCCUCUGGAGAGGGCUUUGUCAACGUCACUGUGAAGCCAGCCGGAAGAGUCAACCUGCCUCCAGUGGCUGUUGUUUCUCCCCAGAGACAGAAGCUCGCUCCGCUGACGACAGCAGCGCUCAUCGAUGGCAGCGGGAGUACAGAUGACUCUGAGAUAGUGAGCUAUCGCUGGGAAGCAGUCAGCGGGCCCCUCGCGGGGCAGCACCUGUCCGACGCCCCCGUCCUGCGCGUGGCUAACCUUGCUCUUGGCAACCACACCGUCAGGUUGACCGUCACUGACUCUGAUGGAGCCACCAAUUCCACCACUGCCACCCUGACCGUCGGCAGUGCUGUGGACCACCCACCUGUCGCCAACGCAGGCCCAAAUCAGACCAUGACCUUGCCCCAGAACUCCAUCACUUUGAACGGAAACCAGAGCAGUGAUGAUCACCAGAUCGUCCUCUAUGAGUGGUCCCUGGACCCCAGCAGUUGGAGCAAAGAGGUGGCCAUGCAGGCACCACAGACCCCGUACCUUCAUCUGUCUGCUCUGCAGGAAGGAGAGUACGCCUUCCGGCUGCUGGUGACAGACUCCGCCGGUCAGCAGUCCACUGCUGUGGUCUCUGUGGUUGUCCAGCCUGGAAACAACAGGCCUCCCGUGGCCGUGGCCGGCCCCGACAAGGAGCUGGUCUUCCCAGUGCAAAGUGCCACCCUGGAUGGGAGCCGGAGCAGUGACGACCACGGCAUCGUCCGCUACCACUGGGAGCACAUCGGAGGCCCCAGUGCAGUGGAGAUGGAGAACGUGGACAGGGCUGUGGCCACCGUCACAGGGCUGCAGGUGGGUACCCACCUCUUCCGCCUCACAGUGGCAGACCAGCAGGGGCUGAGCAGCACGUCCACCCUGACUCUGGCAGUGAAGAAGGAAAGUAACAGUCCUCCCAGAGCCCGGGCUGGUGGCAGGCAUGUUCUCGUCCUUCCCAAUAAUUCCAUUACUUUGGAUGGUUCAAGGUCUACCGACGACCAAGGCAUUGUGUCCUAUCUGUGGGUGCGGGAUGGCCAGAGUCCUGCUGUGGGGGAUGUCAUCGAUGGCUCUGACCACAGUGUGGCCCUGCAGCUCACCAAUCUGGUGGAGGGGGUCUACACUUUCCACUUGAGAGUCAGCGACAGCCAGGGGGCCUCGGACAUGGACACCGCCACUGUGGAGGUGCAGCCAGACCCGAGGAGGGGCGGCCUGGUGGAGCUGAUCCUGCAGGUGGGGGUCGGGCAGCUGACAGAGCAGCGGAAGGACGCCCUGGUGAGGCAGCUGGCCGUGCUGCUGGACGUGCUGGACUCGGACAUCAAGGUCCAGCGGAUCCAGGCGCACUCGGAUCUCAGCACCAUGCUCGUGUUCUAUGUGCAGAGCGGGCCUCCCGCCCAGGUCCUCAGAGCCGCCGACGUGGCCCGAGCCCUGCACAGGCGGCUGUCACGGGAGAAGGCCGACUUCUUGCUUUUCAAGGUCUUGAGGGUGGACACAGCAGGCUGCCUUCUGGAGUGUUCUGGCCACGGCCGCUGCGACCCCAUCACCAAGCGCUGCGUCUGCUCCCAGCUGUGGAUGGAGAACCUGAUCCAGCGCUAUGUCCGCGAUGGGGAGAGCAACUGUGAGUGGAGCAUAUUCUAUGUGACGGGGCUGGCUUGCGCUCUCCUAGUGCUGGCAGGAGGCGUGACGUGGCUGUGCAUCUGCUGCUGUCACAGACAAAAAAGGACUAAAAUCAGGAAGAAAACGAAGUACACCAUCCUGGACAACAUGGACGAACAGGAGAGAAUGGAGCUGAGGCCCAAAUACAGCAUCAAGCACCGGAGCACGGAGCACAACUCCAGCCUGAUGGUGUCCGAGUCCGAGUUUGACAGUGAGCAGGACACCGUCUUCAGCCGGGAAGGGAUGGAGAGAGGGCAUCCCCAGGCGUCCAGGAACGGGGCUUCCUUCAGCUACUGCUCCAAGGACAGAUAGUGCAGCAGCCGGAGAUGGAGGACCCCGUGGGACCCUGUGUGCAGGACCACUGUGGCCUGGAACAGGAAGCCCACUUGCCCUGCACACUGACGCCUCUCCCAGGGGCCUGGUGGGCUUCUGUAGGAAGAGGCCGGGUUUCUUGGGGUUGAAAAUGGAACCUUGCUCUUCGGACCGGGAGGCUCGUUAGCGGGCCUGAAGGCCGGGUGAAUUCCCAGGCUUCGCGCGGGUGAGAGUUGUGUGUUUCCAAAGCUGGCCCUGUGCUGAUGCUCAUGUCCAGGUGAAGCUUCACACCUGUGUGUGUCUGUAGAACCUUAGAGAGCGUUCUGUGGCUGGCAGAAGCUCAGGAGCUGAGGAAAGGGAAAGGGGAGGCCGAACAUCCAAGGUAGCAUUUAACAUCGUCUCUUCCUUCUCUAAGAGAGAGCCGACGCUGAGCCUCUCUCACCUGUCCAUAGCCACCCACCACAGUGGAAUCACCAAUUCACUGAACAUUGAGUCUCACCGCCGGCCGGGCAUUUGGACUGCCCCAGAUGGCGGUAACCGCUCCGUGACCCGUGAGCCAAGGUCCUGAAAUCUGGUCAGUCUUAAUGCAGGUGGCAGGGUGCUGAGGAUCUGGGCCCCUGAGGCACUUUCCAUAAUAACCGGACCUAUAUCCACUUCAUAUGCUUAAAAGUGAUACUUGUUAAAUAGUUUUUGGACCCAAUCGAUCUUAUCUAAGCAGCCAUUUCCUCCCACAGAGCAGCACCCAGAGCGUGACCUAGAGUUGGCUGUUGCCUCGAGGUCCCCUAGCACCUGUGGUCCUGGGCUGGGGCUGGCGGGGGCGUUGGCAGGUCUGUGGAGUGGGGGGAGGCACAGGGUGUGGCACAGUGUGACAGCCAGCACUACCCUGUGGCUCAGGCUCUGGCCUGCGGCAGGUGGGGAUGCCUCUGUCCACCCCGAGGAGAAGCAGGGCCUCUCAAACCCUCAGGCAGGAGUGCGCGGUGUCCAGUCCUCCCGUGGCCGCACACGCCAUCUAACCCUUUCCACCUCAUGGAGCACUGACACUUGGUGGUCAUGGCUUCUGAAGGUCGAGGUGUGAUGGCAAAACCACACAAGCUCUCUGCCCUCUUCACAGCUUCAGGGACGUGGUUGUCCUGGACAUAGCACUCAGUGGCCUCAGCAUGGGGCUUUUUUUUUUUUUUCCUUCUAAGUCAAGAACUUUCACUUUUUACUUGAAGGAAGCAUUUUGUGGGUUCUAUUAGCAUGUACAAAUUGCCAGCCUCACUAUUCUUGUGCCUUGGGGCCAUUGUUAAGUUAAACUAGGGGUUACCUUAACAUACAUAAUGAGAUGCUGUGACAACUGGCGUUGGCUGCUACCCAGUGACUAAUGGGCAGGUAGCAUAUACUGCAUGGACCCAGUGGACACAGGGCGGUUCACUUCCAGGCUGGAUGGAGUGCAGCAGCAUGCCAUUUCACCAUGCUACUCAAAAGUGUGAAUUGCUUAUUUCCGAAUUUUUUUUAUUCAAUAUUUCCAGAUUGCUUUUGACCUCAGAAAGUGAAACCGUGGGUGAGAGGGGACUCCUAUGUUACACUUCAUGCAGAAUAGAACUAAAAUGUACAGAAGUGUAAUUUUAUCUUUACAGUAAUUUUUUAGUGUGGUGAUUUCUUAUGUUCAUAUUUUCUGUAUAACUAGCAGGUUCAAUACCAUCUGUAGUAUUAUAAGGAAAAUGUGAUGCUUUUUAGACCAGUAUUCAGCAUCAUAAACUUAGAUCUGCCCUACCCAGUGACCAGGUUAAGUUAAUCUUAUGCAUAAUUGGAAAUUACUGGCAUAGGAGACAUCAGUCCAAGUGCGAUGUCACAGAGUGUGGUCAGGCAGAGGGAGGGGCCUUUGCUGUGUCAUGACACACAUGUCCAUGUACUCAGUGGACCCCUGCUGCCAACCUAGAAGGAGACAGUGCUGUUCUCGUGUUCAGAUAGCCCUUUGAAGGCCAGGAAGUUCAUUUCUGGGUCUUGCCCAAAGCCACAGUCGAUUAAGUGGUGGGUCAGGAACUGAACACCAAGGCCCACCUUCCACUACACUGAGAAGUCCUGCCUUGCAGGGCAAAUUCUGGGGACCUUUUGGGCCUCCUGAAAGUCCUCCUAGGACUGAUGGGAAGCCCUUGUCCUAUCAAGGGCUUGUCCAAGGACAACAGCCAAGGGACAGCUGGCCCACCCAGCCCUCCUGCGGGAGCUUUGCUGGGCCACUGCUCCCUGGAGCUUGUAUUGCUGCUUCCACCCCCUUCUGUCCUGGCCAUCUCAGCCCGGCCUCUGGGACCCUUCCACCCCCUUCUGUCCUGGCCAUCUCAGACCGGCCUCUGGGACCCUUCCACCCCCUUCUGUCCUGGCCAUCUCAGCCCGGCCUCUGGGACCCUUCCACCCCCUUCUGUCCUGGCCAUCUCAGCCUGGCCUCUGGGACCCUUCCACCACAGAAGAAUCUUGAACCCAAAAGAUUCUUGGAAUCUUGGAAAGAUACUUGGAAACCAAAGUAAACAUCACCGAAGUGACCAGAAAGCGGGUCCCUGUCAUCCCUCAUAGAGGAGACAGCACCAGGUGGGACGACCCCCUCCCUGCACGCCGUCUCCUGCUGCUCAUCACGAGGGUCCCCAGGAGGCAGAGCACCAUAGGAACUGUGGGCAAGAGGGGAGAGAGUGGCUGCAGGGCUCACAGGGUGACACGCUCAUGAGUCGCUGCAUUCGAUUUAAUAAAGAGAAGGGCUGGGGGUGCAGCUCGACUCGCACGCACAGGACCGUGGCCUCAAUCCCCAGCACUGCAAAACCAAGGGAGAAAAUCCUCACCCCAGGACCACAGGAGAGGAUUCACUCCCACAGCACGAAGAGGCUAAGCAUGUUAACAGAACCUGCUUAAAAGCACACAGUGAGGUCAGACAAGUUAUCACUGCACAUGGGGACAGACACGCCUCCCUGGCAGGAGGGCAGGGCGAGAGCCCUCUUUCCUAUGUGACCAAGCUGUGGUGGACGGUUUUAAGUCUUGACUCUGUUUUUUAAAAUGCAUUAUCUCCCCAGUGUAUCGACAAGAUAUUCCUUCUAAUGUAACACUAUUAAAUGUCUUGCUAAUUAAAUAAAGGGGCCUGUCUUCUGUAA